AUGCUUUGUAACAGUUUUCCCAUUGUUUUUCUCAUUGUUGCUGCAUCUUUACUUCUCCCUUUUUUUUAUCUUCUUAUUAAAAUAUUUUCCUGUUUUUGCUUUGUUUUUUUCUUGUUUUUUCUUGUUUUUUCUUUGUUUUCUUUUUCUUUGUUUUCUUUUUCUUUUUUUUCUUUUUCUUUGUUUUCUUUUUCUUUUUUUUCUUUUUCUUUGUUUUCUUUUUCUUUAGUAGCUGAUAACUUUCUCUCUCCAUUUCUUCCUCUCCAUUUUUCUCUUGAACUCUUCAUUUUUUCUCUUUUUUUUCUUUAUUCCUAUUCCCCUCUUGCUAUCUAUGUUUUAUCUAUCUUUUCCCCAUCCUUUUUUUUAUCUCUACUUUCCUCUCAAUUUUCUAUCUUUUUCUCUUUCUCUCCUUUAGUCUUCUUUCUUUUAUCAAUUCUUUCUUUCUUGUCUAUUCUUUCCUCUCUUUUCCUUUUUCUUCUCUAUUCUUUUGCCAUCAACUCUAUAUCCAUCUCCUCUCUCUUAUUUUAUCCAUUCUUUCCUCCCCCACCACCCACUCUCACUCUCCUUUAUCUGCUUUAUCUAUUCUUUUCCUGUACUUUUCUAUACUUUAUUCUCUAUUUUCAACAGUGUGUGUGUGGGGGGGUCUGUAGCUAUCUGUUCUUUCUUUUUCUGUUACUCCCUCUAAUUUUACUAAUUUUUUCUCUCUCUCUCUCUUAA